AGUCUCAGGGGCGGCCGUCACAGCGGCCGUCACACCCUCAACGCUCCACCACCCUCGUCGAUUGGACAGGGAGCCGCCGACGAGCUGGCGAUAUCGGAGGGACAGUCUGGUAUUCUACACUGUGAAGAAACGAGGCUCGAGAUGAAUGCACGUCGUUACGUAGACGGGACUCGUACGCGACACAACCACUGGGCCUUCUAAUUUCUAAUUUCAUCCACGCCUUCCGUCGGUGCAUCUCUGCCUCGAAGGUCGAUCUUCAGUAUUCCGAAGCCGACAUUUACGUCUUUGUCUGAAGAAGAUCCCUGGGCAACCGCUGGCGGUCAGGAACAUCGAUUGGGCCAUCGGCGGGACUGGACCGAGUAUCCAUCGAGCUCGUCACAGUCGGUCUUCGCCUCUGCAACGAUGCUCAAAAUCCCUCAAGCAACAUCCGGCAGCGUAGGGUUCGCGUCUUCUCUGCGCACCUUGGUGAACAUCCGCGCUCCCAGGAUCGUGUCCCAGUUAACAUGAAACGGCAACUUGCGAUCACCAGCGUGCGUCGUCAAGAGCACGCAACGAAACAGAUUCGGCGAGACUGUCAACGAGAGAAGUUCCUUCUUCGACGAGCUUGCGAUCUCUUCGGGGUGUGUGUACAAUAGCCUUCGACCACCUUCACGCUCACCCUCGGUCUUUGUGGAGUACACUGUAGUAGUCCUCUAAUUCUCACCAACGUCGGUGAUAAUCCGUUUGCGGUCCACCUCCUCCUCAAUUCAUGUGACAGACCUCCUGAUGGCGAGAACGAGAGAAAGCUCGAGAUCCUCAUUCUUCAGCUACCACUGACGGCGAAGCGGGUGCGCGGACUACAGCAAGAACCGUUUGACUUCUGUGGUCAGCUUUCCACGGUCAAGAGAAGCAGGGCUCUCGGCGCCCUAAGAAAACGCCGAAUGUCUCUCAUCGUUGCGCCUUUAAUGGCUCUCAGACACCACACGACAAUAGUACAAGUUGAACACAACUACGCGCAGAGGUUUUCCCCUCGCUUGUUGUCAGCCUACAUCAUUUGCCUCAAAUGCUCUCUCGAUAUACCAUCCUCAUCGACAUCAACUAGCACGACCGCCGUCCUUGAUGCCUAUACGCUCACGCUCAGGACUCUCAGACUCUCUCAACCCUUUUCACGGCUAUACGCCAGGUCUCGGGCGGCCGCUGAAGCAAAAUUGAUCUUUCUCUACCUGAUCCGAGCCCGAGUCUUCCUCCAGCCGGCGCUCUCAAUCCCUCGAUAUCGUUACCGCCGGUGAGAGGACGCGCAGUCUUUGCCCGGCCCGGCUCCUUUUGCUCUCUGAUCCAUAUGCCGAGCAUCUCAUCUGCUCGACCACCAAAUCUCCCUGUACGGCACCAUUGUUUGUUUGCCUAUAUAGCAUACCCCAAUAAUCGCUGUCAAGGUGGCUGACUCACAGAGCAUACAGUGAGGUACGGACUUGGAUGAAUGUGUCGAACUGUUUGGCUUGUCUUGUUUCGUUGGCGUGCAAAACGGAGAUAUCAUUAUCCAAUAUGUAAAAGAAAGGACGCUUCUUCCCACGAUCACCCUUGGAUGAAGACUUCGGCACGUUGCCUCGAUUCUUCUGGGAAGCUGACUCUAGCUUUCGCGUCUUCUUCUAUGUCAUGAACCAUACGACAGAUCUCCGAAGCCCUCAGAUCACUCUCUGGCUUUGACGAGUUGGCCACAUCCCAUCGGGCUGUCGCAGAUCCAGGAUCUGCUGUUUGCUCCGAAGAGCACCUUUGGGAGUUGUCGGAAAACCUGGCGUGUACUGUCAGCCGUGGUCUCUUGGAUGGGCCGUCUCUGAGUGCCGCUGUCGGGUCUCCCUCGGUUUUGAAAGCCCCCUCCAUAUCCAGCCCGGCACCGGCAGCUGCAUGGCAUUUUGCCAUCAGCAUCCAUUGGAAAGCCUGCUGCCGUUACUUGAUCGUAAUGUUAGCUGGUCCCGCUCCCCUUGCACCCGCACCGCCAGUCUUCGGUUUUGUGAACUGUUUCCCAUUGAAGUACCAGUAGUCUUCUGACCGAUGGUUAGGACAGUUUCCCUGCCUCACCGUAGAUGAGGCGGGAUGGACUUGCUCGACGACGUGGGGCCCAUUUUGUCGUUCGCAAGGGUAGAGGCGCUGAGUAGGAGGUUCGUAAUGGUAGCACGGAAGAUGGCUAUUCGGAUUUUUGGUGCAUCGUUUGAAUUCUCUUGGAGUUGGGUGAACAUUCUUGCAGCCACAGUAGUUCUGGUGCGACAUGAUCGGUAAUGAGAAGCUAGUUCUAAUAUGCGUGAUGUAAAAUGAACUCUACAAAGAAGAUCUGAACAAUGG